AUGAGGUCCGUCCUGAGUGCCCUCUUCCUCGCCGCGAGCUCCGUGCUCACCGCUUCGGCGCAAUGCGACGACGACGACGCCCAGCACACCGUCUGGCUCGCCGGUGAUAGCACGAUGGCGCCGGACGGCGGUCACAAUGGCACGGAGGGUUGGGGCCAGUACCUGAAGUACUCUCUGGAACAGUCCAAGAUCCGGGUCAACAACUCGGCGUAUGCUGGGAGGAGCGCCCGCACGUUUACUCGGGAGGGUCGUUUCCAGAGGAUUAUCGACGAGGUCAAACCGGGCGACUGGGUGGUGAUUGAGUUUGGACAUAAUGAUGGGCCCGGAAACCCAGCCACCGAUACCAAGAACCGAGUCGACUGCCCCGGCAUCGGCAACGAGACAUGCACCGCCAUCUUCAACAACGCGACCGAGAUCGUCCAGACCUACACCACCUACCUCCGCAACGCCUCUUCCAUCUUCCUCUCCCGCGGCGCCAAGGUCGUCAUCUCGACGUCGACCCCGACGAACCCGUACCAGACCGGGAACUUCACCUGGACGCCCCGGAUCUACUCCUGGUACUCCUGGCACGUCGUCGAGUCCCUCGGCGGCCCCGCGGCCGGCAUCUACUACGUGCCCCACGCGGACUACUGCGCGCAGGCGCUCAGGCUCCAGGGCCCCGCGGCCGCCGUCGCGGGAUACCCGAUGGACAACACGCACAUGGCGCCGGGGCUCGCGGAUACCUUCGCGCAGGCCUUCGUGCUCGGUCUGAAGUGCGGUACGUCGCCGCUGCAGCAGUACGUCGUGAACGCCACGUCCCGGAUUGAGGGCGCCGAGCUCGGGACGUGUUUGUCUGUCAACGCGACGUUGCCUAUCUGA